AUGAUAUCGCAGAAAAAAGGUAAAUGGUUCAAAAAGAGUUACAUUUUCAAGACUAAACUUUAUUAGAUGAGCAUGAGUUCCAUAAUUCGAUCCCAUGGUUAAUAAUUUACUAAGUCUUUUUUGUAAUGUACGACACUUUUAAUAAAUUAUAACAGUCUAUAGAAAAUUUCAUCAUAUUAAGGAAUGUUGGGCAUAUUCUUUGUUAUCUUUAUUAUAAUUAUUCGAGAAUUUCACGAAUGUAAUGAGACAACAGUUGUCUUUGGAAAUCAUUAUUAACAGAAUUGAAUUGAAUAACAAAUCGAAGUUUACGAAACAAAGUUAAUAAAAAAUACCGAUAAUAAUAGAAACUUUAGAUUCACGUUUACGUUACACGUUUAUUAAUGUUACCUCCCAAAAUUGUGACUAAAUUAAUUUCUACUAAUGAAAUUCACUAAUUUCAAUAAGUUAGUGAAUUUUAUUAGUAGAUUCAAUUCAAAUACAAAUAAAGUUCAAGAACAACACAUGAUCAUUCUUUUUAUAAAUAUAAUUUAUAUAUUUCAUAAGUAAUGAUUAGAUUAAAGAUUUUUAUGUAUUUAUGGAAAAUUUAAAGAAAUACAGAAAAUACAAAAAUACACAGAAUAUACAAAAAUGUAUAAAAUGUUGACAACAGAGUAUUUAUUUGUUAUAAUAUUUAGUUCUUACUUAGGCUGUGUUUGCAAAUUUUUGCUUAGGCUGCAUUUUUUAAAUUGCUUAAGCUGCAUUUUUUAAAUUCAUAAUGAUAUACUGAGUGUUUAUCGAUUUAACAUUUAUAAAUCUUAUAUAAGAAGACCGUAAAAAAGUUUAUUACACUCAUCUAUAAUUUAUUAAUUGUCUAACUGAAUUUAAUUAUCCUAACUGAACUGUAUUUCAGUCCAUUUAGUGUUUAUAUACUGUUAAUAAUAAAUAAAUAUUAUUUAAUGUUUGCCAAUUAUUAUAGAAUUUUAUUGCUAAUAGCCACAUAUUAUUAGUAAUCGGUCAAUUCCCCUAUUAAUCACUAGUCAUUACUUUAUGUAAUUCUUAAAUUUAUUACGCAUACUAUGAUGUAAAUUAAAAAUUUUUAUGUAUAGUUUCCUUUUUUUAUUUUUCUUUUCUAUUCGUAUAAAAAAACAUACUAAUAUUAAUAUAUAAUAAAACAUACAUUACUAAUAUUUAGUAUUAUUGUUAGAUAAAUGGGAACUAUGUAGAACUUAUAUUUAUUAUUACCGCAAUAUCUAUACUUAUAUAUAUAGACCGAAAUGUGAAUAUAUGAAUAAAAUAUAUAACAAAAUUUUUAGUAAAAUUCAAAAAAGAAUUUUUUCAUCAUGGAAUUUAGUUUUCGGUUCUGUAUAAAGAUAAAGCGAUGAAAUCAAAUGUAAUAAAAUUUUUGUAAUCGUGAUGUAAUCAUUCAGAGGACUGAAUAAAAUUUUUUCCCAAGAAAAUUAAAAAUAAAAAUUUAUUAUGUGUAUAUACGUAUACUAAGUCAAUUUUUAACUAAAUAUAUAUUUAUUUCUAUUUCGGAAAAUGGAAUAAUUCUACACCCUCUUACUUAUUUUCAUAAACAAAAUAAUCUUUCUUGUUAACUUUUUAUUUCUAUCCUGAUUAGUUUAAAAUUAUCUAAAUUUAAGUAUAUUUGACAAACUUUCAAGUGAAAUUUUAAUUGAAAUGAAAAGGUUUUAAAUAUAAAAAUACAAUCUACAUAUAUAGAGUUUCACAAUUUCACAAUUGAACUAAUUUUAAUAAUAAACAACAAUUGAAAUUAAAUAUCAAUUGUUUUACUUCACAUUUGUUAAUAAAAACAUUUAUAUAUAUUUAUAUUUUAAAUUUAAAUUCCCCUCCAAAACUGACUUUCUACUGUCUAGUAAAUUGUUAUAGUCAUAGAUCUAUAUAUAACAUAGACUAUAGACUACAGACUAUUUACAAAUAGAGAUGGAACAAAAUAGGUACUUACAUGUAAGAUAUAUUUAAAAAUAAAAAAAAAUUUAUUUAGAUUAUUAUAUAUAUAGAUGUGAGUUAUAAUUAUUUGAUAUUUAAUAUUUCAAAUAAUUAUUUUUGUUUAAAGUUCUUUUUUCAAUUGUACCGCCAUUUACUGAAUGACGUAUACAUGUGCCACUAAACACGCCUUUAAUCGGAUUUGAUGUCUCGCCGAUAGACAGACGAGUCAUGUUAUGAUGAAAAUUGCAAUUUGAAAGUGACGGUUUCUUCUUUUUCUUCGUUUUAUUUUUGUUAAAAAGAUUGCAAUACGUUGUAAAAAGGCACGCGUUAAAUGCGCGAAACUACGCGCUAGAAUGAGUCUUAAUAUAACAAAAUUGUUUUCAAGAAAAAAAACCGGCCCGGUUGAUACAGUUGCUGAGAUUGGUUUACCCACCAAUGUUUCUCAUAAAUUUCACGUGAGUAAAAAUGCUAAGACAGGGCAACUGGAAGGCCUUCCUGAGUCUUGGAUUCGUUUUCUGAAUACGCAAAUAUCAAAGUCGGAGCAGGAUGAGCAUCCCGCUGCAGCUUUACAAGCCAUAAAAUAUUACAAUUACUCCAUAAAACGAAAACCAGAAGAAAAAGUAUUUAAACCAUUUGUUACGGAGGACCUGAUUGAAGAAGAGUCCCAGGAGAUUGAUAAAAUUUUGUCGAAGAAAUGCCACUCCGAAGAUUUCGAUGGAUUAAGUUCUGCAAGUUCUACUGAUAGUCAAGUGCAAAGGUUACCAGAACUUCCAUCAAAAGUGAAUAAAAUUCCAAAACCAACGCCAAGAAUAUGCUCUAACAGGAUUGAGAAAACUCUUACUGAGAUUCUUGAAGAUUUGAAUACAUAUCAAAUUGAUGAAGAUGAAGAUCAACUGUUUGAGAACCAGAGCGAACAAGAUAAAGUAGAAGAAGAGAGUCCUAUUUUAAGAAGGAAGACAGACUGUUCAACAGUCAAGCUUAAUGAUGAAGAGAUUUUUGAAGAACUUCAGGCUAUUUGUCACGAUGGAGAUCCAAAUCUUCGCUUUGAGAAAAUUAAAGAAGUUGGGGUUGGUGCUUCGGGUACUGUGUUCAUAGCUACUGAUGUACAGAUUGGUCAGAAAGUUGCUAUAAAAGACAUAGAUUUAUCAAAGCAGCCAAAGAAAGAGCUUAUAUUAACCGAAAUUAAAGUUCUCAAAGAAUUUCAACAUCCAAACUUGGUCAAUUUUUUGGAUGCAUACAUUAUGAAUGAGCAUCUAUGGGUUGUUAUGGAAUUGUUAGAAGGUGGACCACUUACGGAUGUUGUUACUGAAACUGUAAUGAAAGAAGUACAAAUUGCAGCAGUUUGCAGAGAAGUUUUAAAGGCAAUUAGUUUUUUACAUAGGAGAGGAAUCAUUCAUAGAGAUAUUAAAUCAGAUAAUAUUCUUCUGGGGAUGAACGGUGCUGUGAAAGUUACAGAUUUUGGUUUUUGUGCUAAUAUUGAUGGCGAUGAAAAACGUCAAACUAUGGUUGGUACUCCAUAUUGGAUGGCACCAGAAGUAGUAACCAGAAAGCAAUAUGGCAAGAAAGUAGACAUUUGGUCUUUAGGUAUUAUGGCUAUUGAAAUGAUAGAGGGUGAACCACCUUACAUGAAAGAAACACCUUUAAGAGCAUUAUAUUUAAUUGCUGCUAUUGGUAAGCCUUCUAUUCCCAGAUGGGAUACUCUAAGUCCAACAUUUCAAAACUUUCUAGAGAGAUGUUUAGCAGUUGAAGUUGAUGAAAGAGCAACUGCUGAUGAGUUAUUAUCUCAUCCAUUUUUAGAAAAUUGUGCAGAGUUAACAAGUCUGAUACCAUUAAUAAGAACUGCACAAAGAAUUCUUCAUAAAGUGUUCCAUUGAAUAAUUGUUUUUAAGUAGAAAUCAAACAUUUGUUUUUAUUUUAGAAGUAUAUCUGCAACAUUGCAUUAAUAUUAUUUAUACAGUGUAAAAGUAUUUUGCUGCACACUGCACAAGUAAUUUAGAUAUAUGUAGUGCAGUGAUUUUAUGUAUUUUAUGUGACCAUCUUUACAUCAAUAUGUUACCAAAAUAGCGAUAGUAUAAAUUAUAGUAAAGAAAACAUUUAUAGAAGAUAAUUUUUAAAAAAAUAAUUAUAACUUCAUAAACACAAUAUACGUGAUAGAUAAUUUCUAUUGCUUGAGUUAUUGAAAAAGUAAUCAUUAAUGUAAAUUAUUAAUAAUUUCACAUGCAAUAUCUAUUGCGUGAGCUCAAUAUUUUUUUUAUAUCUUUGAUUUUAUAAAAAAAAAUGCAAUUUUUCACCAAUUUUGAAAUUAGGUGCAAAAAGAAGAGAAACAAAAGUUAUUGUGCUAAAAAUAUUUUAUAUUAGUUUAUGAUUUUAUUUAAGGAUUUGUUUGCAUUUACUACAAAGUAUAUUACUUUUAUUACAUAAAAUAUUGUACUUAGUUUAUUUAAGAAAAAAGGUAUAUGGACAUAGUAUCUGUCAAAGGAAUAAUUAGUUUUAUACUUGAGUUGUCAAAACACAACAGUUGUACCAAUUUAGUUAUAGUACAAAUUUAAUUUAAUAAUUCUACCAAUGAUGUUUCAACUGUAUACCAUUUCUUUUACUGUAUUUACUUGCAUUUAUCUUUUGUUUAAAGUUUAUUAAAUUAAACUAUGCUAUACAUCUUUAAUCAAACAGUUCAUAUACAAAGUGGGUAUUAUAAUAAAUAUUAUUUAAUAUUUGAUUAAAGAUUAUCUAA